CGUUGAAGCUCAAGUUUCUUGGUUCGCGCCGUCAUCAAACAUUUGCAAAAUGCCUUCCGAAGAGACCAAGGAACGUAUCACGAAGCUUGUGGAGGUUGGCCGCACUGUGAUGCACUAUGGUUGGAUACCGCUCAUCAUUUACAUUGGCUAUACUCGGAGCACGCCUCAGCCCACCCUUAUCAAGUGCGUUAUUUUGGCGCUUCCAGUUGACCUCGGAAAAUUUUGACACGUUUUACCAGGCUCAUAAGCCCACUCGCAUGAG